AUGUCCUCCGGCAAAUCUCGCGUGCUCCUCGUCGGCAGCGGCGGGGUUGGCACGAUAGCCGCUCUCAACAUCGAAAGGGGAAACCUAGCAGAAGUCACCGCCGUUCUCCGCUCGAACUAUGAGGUAGUCACACGGGACGGCUUCACAAUCAGAUCCUGCGAGCACGGUAACUUGGACAGCUGGCGCCCAUCCAAAGUCAUUAACGCCGUCCCCGAUGUCUCAAAAUACAGCUCGGAUGAGAAAUAUGAUUACAUAGUCUGCACCACCAAAAACAUACCCGACGGCCCCCUCCCCGUCGUCGACCUGAUCGCCCCAGCCAUAACGCCGAACCACACCGUCGUCGUGCUCAUCCAGAACGGCCUCAACAUCCAACGGCCCUUCACCGAGCGUUUCCCCUCCAACGUCGUCCUCUCGGGCGUCAGCCGCAUCGACGCCCACGAGAUCGCCCCGGGCCUCGUCGAGCAGAAGAAGCCGGACCUCCUCCACGUCGGCGCCUUCGAGAACCCCAACCUUAGCAAAGAAGCCCAGGACGCGGCCGCGCAACGGUUCGUGAAGCUCUACAGCGCAGGAGGGAAGACGACGUGCUUGUAUAAGCCCGAAGUCGAGUACGACCGCUGGAGCAAGCUCGUCAACAACGCCUCGCUGAACCCGAUCUGCGCGCUGACGGGGUUGAACGCGAGCGAGAUCCAGCUCACGCCGAACAGCAUGAACGCGAUUGUGAUUCCGGCUAUGAAGGAGGUCAUGAAGGUCGCGCGCGUGGUCGGGCAUGAGCUGCCCGAGGACUCGAUUGAGAAGAUCAUCCGGCUUAACCCCGUCGAUGAGAACAUCACGCCGAGCAUGCAGGAUGACUUCCGCAAGGGGAACCUUAUGGAGCACGAGAACAUCCUCGGCGAAGUUAUCCGGGAGGCACAGAAGCAUUCCGUGGAGACGCCCAUCUUGUCCGUUCUGUACGACUUAUGCUGUGCUCAUCAAUGGAGGUUCAAGAGGGCUCGCGGCCAAGUUUGA